AUGCCUGAUAGUCGCCAUGGAUGGGGAGAUCUCAGAGGGUUACAGAGAAUUUUGACUGUUGUUUCCUCCGCUCGUUCUUGUGUGAGCUCUCUCGAGGGCAAAUGCCUUCCCAUCCCUCGAAGGGAAGGCCUGGCAGUGAGCAGCAGACGGCCCCCGCACGUGACGGGCACGGAGCCCUCUCGGUCCCUAGGGGUCCGGGCUGCAGUCGGCGCUGACGUCCUCCUCCUUACCCACAAGCCUCCGGGCCCGCAGCGCGAGCAGGAAGAAGGCGUGUGGGGCCCGGUGCCCGCCAGGGAGGUCAGCGCUUCCUCACAGCGACUGAGAUGCCGCCACGGCUUGCGAUUUCUCAACACGCACGGACGCAGUUUUGCCUCACAGGCCCAACCUUUAACCUGUCUUUUGGUUGUGUGUGUGUGUGUGUGUUUAACUUUCCUUCGUAUCAUUUCUUCCUGCCUCUGCCUUUAUUGCCUGCGGUCUCACUUCUUGUCUAGACUCUCUCGGGCCCCUCCUCUCCGCCCGGCUGACUACCCUCUUCCUCCUUUCGCUCCCCCAACCCCGCCCGCGCCGCAAACCCAGGACUGCAUUUCCCAGCAGGCGCCGCGGCUAGCGGCCAAUGAGGGACUGAGGAUUUGGCGGCGGCGGCGACGGCGGUGGCGGCGGCGCUCCGAGAGCCGGGUGGGGGGGCUUUGUGCGCGGCGGCGGCGACGGCGGCGGGAGCGGGCGGCGGCGGCAGCAGCGGCGGUAGCGGCGGUCAGGACGGAGGCGGAGGCCGAAGGGGACUGUCCGCUGGUCGCUGCGGAGAGGCGUGCGAAGGCCAAGUCGAGCCCCGAGGACCUUGCUGCCCCGGCCCGGCCGCCAGCCACAGCCUUCUCUCUAGCGACAGAAGCUGCGCGGCGACCCCCCAUCCUUCCACCGCCCCUGCCCACCCCACCUCCCGCAGCCUUCCUCCUCUCAGCUUCACGCCCGGCCCGGCCCGGCCGCGGCCCUUCUCGGUGCCGGCAGCCAUGGCAGAGGCGUCCGGCGCGAGGGAAAUCUAGCUCGGGGAUUUCAUGCGGCCUAGCUCGGUUCCGUGUCCUCCCCCCGCGGCCCCGGCGGCUGCCCGCACCUCAGCCCCACUCCGGGCCUCCGUGUCUCUCCUGUGAUCGUACUGACACGGCCGGGGGGUUAGAAUGGAACAAACUGAAGGUAAAGUGAAAGUUUAGGAUGU